AUGUCUUCAAUAAAAUUCUCUGCAUUUCUCUCGCAACUCGCAGAGGUUCUCCGGGACGAGAGGGGCCCAGAGCUGGCCUACCUCCUCAAGCCGACCAGCGAACACGGCAGGGGGCUCGUCAAGGACUUUAGGAAUCCGACACGACAAAUGUUAUCCUACUACGAGGGCAGCAUGGAGGGCCCAUGGGACGAGAUCGCCAUCCAGUACGUCCUGGUCGUCCACCACUGCGCCAAGAAGCGCGCCAUCGAGGCGUUCAAGGAAGAAUGCCAACUCGUCUCCCUGUUCUUGCGCUACUUUUCAGUAAAUAGCGGGUGGACGUUGCCAGCGUUGUUCUCCAUCCUACGAGACCUGAGAGACCUCGCGUUUGAUGCAGAUAUGGAAGCGAGCACAACAGGGCAGGACGGAAAUGCCAGCAUGGAAGAGGCAGCGCGAAUUAUUAGCAAGGCGUUCUCCAGCUGUGUUACUGACAGGUGCCCCCCAGCCUCGUCAACCCUUGAUUUACUUACUUAUGUCCGCAGACAAUCGCCUUACGCAGAAUCCAGGAAAUGGGGCGUCUACUACGUAGUGGGGCUGAUCCUCAAGUGUUACUUUCGUGUGAAACGAAUAUCCCUGUCGAAAAACAUCCUCAGAGCGAUUGACGCCAACCCUGAUAUCCCACCGCUAUCCGCGUAUCCACGCUCACACCAGGUGACAUACAGGUAUUAUAUUGGCAUGCUAAGUUUCUUGAAUGAAGAUUAUGCCAAGUCUGAGCAGGAACUGACCCUUGCUUUCUACAAUUGCUACACGGGCGCCCAUAGUAAUCAGGAACGAAUACUGACCUAUCUCAUCCCUCUGCGCAUCCUGCGAGGACAUCUGCCAUCGCGGGAGCUGCUGGAUCGGUUUCCGGUGCUUGAUGACCUUUACUCGCCUUUCAUUGCUGCUAUCCGGACUGGCGACAUCAAAGUGUAUGAUGCGUCGCUGGACAAGUUCGAGCGGCGACUGGUAGACCUGAACGUCUGGCUGACGCUAGAAAAGGCACGCGAACUCUGUAUCCGAGGGCUGUUCCGCCGUGUAUGGAUCGCAUCGCAGAAGGCGACGCGCAUCCCAGUGUCGAUGUUCCACACGUCGCUGCACAUGUCGGGAAUGGACGUGUCGGUCGAGGAGGCAGAGUGUCUGGUAGCGAACAUGAUUUACAAGGGCUUCAUGCGCGGAUACAUUUCACACGAAAAGCAGAUGGUGGUGGUUGCGAACACGAACGCGUUUCCGAGAUUAGCUGACCACGCGUCUCCAUACGCGCACAUGUAUUAG